AUGAGUGACAGGAGGCGAUCGGCCGCGGCUCUGAGCUCGAGAGCGCACGCUUUUUCCGUGGAAGCCCUUAUCGGCUCCAACAAGAAGAGAAAGCUCCGGGGCUGGGAGGAGAAGGAGCUGGAGUUGUCUAUGGAAAGCCUCGCCAGCAACGGACAAUUGGGAGACGGCGAGGACCCGGCGCAUUGUCUGGAUAUCGACCCGGACUCGAAGGCAAGCCCCGGCUCAGACGGAGAGGGUCUAGCCGAGAGGACGUCGUGCUCCUUCGGUUCGCCCGCUGACUUGGCCCCCGCCGCCUGUGACCCGUCGCCACCCGCCUCCAUGGAGGAGAUCCAGGUGGAGUUGCAAUGUGCGGACCUCUGGAAACGCUUCCACGAAAUUGGCACCGAGAUGAUCAUCACCAAGGCCGGAAGGCGAAUGUUUCCUGCCAUGAGAGUAAAGAUAGUGGGCCUGGACCCUCACCAGCAGUACUACAUAGCCAUGGACAUAGUGCCUGUUGACAAUAAGAGAUACAGGUACGUGUAUCACAGCUCCAAGUGGAUGGUGGCAGGAAACGCAGACUCCCCGGUGCCUCCGCGGGUGUACAUUCACCCAGACUCCCUUGCAUCUGGGGACACUUGGAUGAGGCAGGUCGUCAGCUUCGACAAGCUCAAACUUACCAACAACGAACUGGAUGACCAGGGACAUAUCAUCCUUCACUCCAUGCACAAGUACCAGCCGCGUGUUCAUGUGAUCAGGAAGGACUUCAGCAGUGAACUGUCUCCCACCAAGCCUGUGCCCAGUGGUGAGGGAGUCAAGACCUUCAGCUUCCCUGAGACCGUCUUCACCACUGUCACCGCCUACCAAAACCAACAGAUUACCCGGCUAAAGAUUGACCGCAACCCAUUUGCCAAAGGAUUUCGAGACUCCGGCAGAAACAGGACUGGUCUAGAGGCUAUCAUGGAGACCUAUGCUUUCUGGAGACCGCCUGUGAGGACUUUGACUUUUGAAGACUUUACCAACAUGCAGAAACAGCAAGGUGGAAGCACGGGCACCUCCCCCACCACCUCCAGCACAGGGACCCCCUCCCCCUCUGGAGCAGCACACCUCCUGUCCCCCUCCUGCUCCCCCCCAACCUUCCACCUGGCACCCAACACCUUCAACGUUGGCUGCAGGGAGAGUCAGCUGUGCAACCUGGGCCUGUCUGAAUACCCCGCCUGUGCCCGAAGCAACAUGGCUGCCCUGCAGGGCUACGGGGGCCUGGCUGAUAGCUCCUACGGACGCCUCCAGGCUGCAGGGGGUGGCGUGGGCUCCGGUCAGCCCUCUGAAUCCUUCCUGCCCCAGAGGACUUCCUCCUUGAUUGCCGCUGCCGGCAUGCAGGGCAGCGCUCACGCAUCUUUGACGGGCAGCGGUGGCAACGGCGGUGCUGGGGGCAAGAUGGAUGCCUACGGCGGUCAGCUUAGCUCCUUCCCGGCCUCCCAGCUGCAAUACGUCAUGCAGGCCGGCGCUAACUCCUCCUCCAGCUCCUCUUCCACAUCUGGCUCUUCCCCUUCCUCUACCCACAUGUUCAGCGGGAGCCACCACCACAUGCAGCAGGGCUCCUACAAUGCCUUCUCCCUGCACAACCCUUACAACCUGUACGGAUACAACUUCCCCACCUCACCCCGUCUGGCCACCAGCCCCGAGAAACCCCAGGGAGGCCUCCUGUGCUCCUCCUCACCUGCCGGGGCCUUUGCUGAGCGCCAGUACCUGUCCAACGGAAGCAUGGACACCAUGCACAUGAUCAGCAGCAAUCCCGCCACUGGGCAGCAGGGUGGCGGCACCUGUGACGGGCGUCAGUACGGCUCCUCCUCUCAGAUGUCAAUGCACAUGGUGUAAAAACUGGGAUCCCCUCUCCCUUGCCCCCUUUCACACUCACCUUGCUGUCCCUCAUAUUUCAAAAGUGUCAGUUUGUUGGUUGAAAAGUGAAUCUGCAGUCUCGAACUCUCAUGUUUUGAACACACUCGUGUGUUGCCGCGUUGAUGAUGUCGAUGCUGGCACUUUUAAAUCAUGUGUUUGUAGACUCGGAUACAAAAUGAACCUUUCAAGAAAAAAACACAAAAAAAAAAGGAAAAAAAAGGGCCCCAUCUCAUCACAUGGUUUUUGUUUUGUUUUGUUUUCGUUGUUGUAUUUUUGGAAUACACUUAAAUAUAGAAAUUGAAAGGAAAACUUAUUUAACUGUCAUGUGUUAGGGAUUGGAGUUGAUGCAGCAAGUAGUUUGUACAGCAAACCUGAUUGUCUCACUUACUUUGAAAGCCACCCCGGAAAACUAGCGAAGGAAAAGCCUUAAGGCUCUGUUUCAGACAGGAAAUUGGGUGUGGAUUGAAUCUGUAACAGUGCAAUAGUAGCAACAACCUUUUUUUUUUUUUUUUUUUAACGAAUCACCCUGGUUUGAGUGAGCGCCACCCAGUCAUGUCAUCGUGUUACCAAAGAAACUCUGCCGUGAUCCAGGAAUAUUUUCUUUGUUUUGUUUUUUUUUUACUUCACACAAACACGUAUUAUAUUAUUCAGGAAACACUGACGGAUGUUGAGUGGCGUCUGUUGGCGAAGGUUUUCAUUGAAACGAAAAGGACAACGGGAUAGGAUUACUGAAGGACUCAUGGCCCCCCCGUACGGCAGGGAGCCCGAGUUUCUGGACGCUGUGUGGGGCGCUGGAUGUGCUGAACGGGGUGAACACCGCAUGUGGACAGAGAGCGACAUCGAGGCCGAGGUGACCGAGGAACUCUGCGUGUCCGAGGGCCGCGUCCUGUGUCUUGAAAACGCUCCGUGGAGCAUGGAUGUCAGGGGCCUGUUUAGGGAACCCCCCACGGUCCCCAUCCCCACAGACGGGAAUGGCUUCACUAUUCUUUGAGUGGAUUACCUUUUGAAAGCAUAUUAUAAAAUGGCGAGUUCAAGAGAGAACAUAAGCUUUAAAGUUGUUGUGUGAAAAGCUUUCAGGAAGCAUUAGGAAAACAGAGUAAUUAAAGUAUGUUUUGGUGUGUUGUAGAUAACUGUAUUUAAGUGCCAAGCAAUAUAACAAUUUUACAGGCCAAGCUUUAAUUAAAAACAAAAAAAACAAAAACAAAAAAAAGUGUGUGUGGGGGGGUAAAGGGUAUAGCAAAAUUAUUAUUUUGGGAGGCCUUUUAAAAAAGAAGUGUAAAUACAGGUGCCAAGCACACAAAAGCCAAAUAAACGUUUUCAUUCAUUUA